AUGAAACAAAAGUCCAACCUCUCUCGAGAAAAAGAUGGAAUGAUAUCAAGGUACGUGGCUAGCAACCCAAUCAAAGUUAUGGGGACACAAAACUUUGCUGGACCCAUAAAUGAAAGAUGGCCGAAACAGGUUGAAGGAUCUGAUAAAAUGGAGCCUGUGGGGGCCAUGAUCGAUGCAUCUUAA